GCUCAGUGGCCUGGCAGGUGGGGCCGCCGCGGAACUCCAGGUCCGGCCCGAGGCAGAGGGGCGGAGGCGAGAGGGAAGUGGGCGGGAGCCGCGCUCUGAGUCGCCCUGGUCGCCGGCUGCCGCGGAGUUCUGGGCUGGUGGGACCCCGCGCGGGCUAGGUCGGGAUGAGCAAUGGCAUCGGUCAAGGUGGCCGUGAGGGUCCGGCCCUUGAAUCGCAGGGAAAAGGACUUGGAGGCCAAGUUCAUUAUUCAGAUGGAGAAAAGCAAAACAACAAUCACAAACUUAAAGAUACCAGAAGGAGGCACUGGGGAUUCAGGAAGAGAACGGACCAAGACCUUCACCUAUGACUUUUCUUUUUAUUCUGCUGAUACAAAAAGCCCAGAUUAUGUUUCACAAGAAAUGGUUUUCAAAACCCUCGGCACAGAUGUCGUGAAGUCUGCAUUUGAAGGUUAUAAUGCUUGUGUCUUUGCAUAUGGGCAAACUGGAUCUGGAAAGUCAUACACUAUGAUGGGAAAUUCUGGAGAUUCUGGCUUAAUACCUCGAAUCUGUGAAGGGCUCUUCAGUCGGAUAAAUGAAACCACCAAAUGGGAUGAAGCUUCUUUUCGAACUGAAGUCAGCUACUUAGAAAUUUAUAACGAACAUGUGAGAGAUCUACUUCGGCGGAAGUCAUCUAAAACCUUCAAUUUAAGAGUCCGUGAGCAUCCCAAAGAAGGCCCCUAUGUUGAGGAUUUAUCCAAACAUUUAGUACAGAAUUAUGGUGAUGUAGAAGAACUUAUGGAUGCGGGCAAUAUCAACCGGACCACCGCAGCAACUGGGAUGAAUGACGUCAGUAGCAGGUCUCAUGCCAUCUUCACCAUCAAGUUCACUCAGGCUAAAUUUGAUUCUGAAAUGCCAUGUGAAACUGUGAGCAAGAUCCACUUGGUCGAUCUUGCCGGAAGUGAGCGUGCAGAUGCCACCGGAGCCACCGGGGUUAGGCUAAAGGAAGGGGGAAAUAUCAACAAGUCCCUCGUGACUCUAGGGAACGUCAUUUCUGCCUUAGCUGAUUUAUCUCAGGAUGCAGCAAACCCUCUUGCAAAGAAGAAGCAAGUUUUUGUGCCUUACAGGGAUUCUGUAUUGACUUGGUUGUUAAAAGAUAGCCUUGGAGGAAACUCUAAAACUAUCAUGAUUGCCACCAUUUCACCUGCUGAUGUCAAUUAUGGAGAAACCCUAAGUACUCUUCGCUAUGCAAAUAGAGCCAAAAACAUCAUCAACAAGCCUACCAUUAAUGAGGAUGCCAAUGUCAAACUUAUCCGUGAGCUGCGAGCUGAAAUAGCCAGACUGAAAACGCUGCUUGCUCAAGGGAAUCAGAUUGCCCUCUUAGACUCCCCCACAGCUUUAAGUAUGGAGGAAAAACUUCAGCAGAAUGAAGCAAGAGUUCAAGAAUUGACCAAGGAAUGGACAAAUAAGUGGAAUGAAACCCAAAAUAUUUUGAAAGAACAAACCCUAGCCCUCAGGAAAGAAGGUAUAGGAGUUGUUUUGGAUUCUGAACUGCCUCAUUUGAUUGGCAUUGAUGAUGACCUUUUGAGCACUGGAAUCAUCUUAUAUCACUUAAAGGAAGGUCAGACAUAUGUUGGUAGAGAAGAUGCUUCCACGGAGCAAGAUAUUGUUCUUCAUGGCCUUGACUUGGAGAGUGAGCAUUGCAUCUUUGAAAAUAUUGGGGGGACAGUGACUCUUAUACCCCUGAGUGGGUCCCAGUGCUCUGUGAAUGGUGUUCAGAUCAUGGAGGCCACACAUCUAAAUCAAGGUGCUGUGAUUCUCUUGGGAAGAACCAAUAUGUUUCGCUUUAACCAUCCCAAGGAAGCUGCCAAGCUCAGGGAGAAGAGGAAGAGUGGCCUUCUGUCCUCCUUCAGCUUGUCCAUGACCGACCUCUCGAAGUCCCGUGAGAACCUGUCUGCAGUCAUGUUGUAUAACCCCGGUCUUUUCUCUGUAAAAGGACCCAUCUGUCUAAGACUUGAAUUUGAGAGGCAGCAGCGUGAAGAGCUUGAAAAAUUAGAAAGUAAAAGGAAACUCAUAGAAGAAAUGGAGGAAAAGCAGAAAUCAGACAAGGCCGAACUGGAGCGGAUGCAGCAGGAGGUGGAGACCCAGCGCAAGGAGACAGAAAUCGUGCAGCUCCAGAUUCGCAAGCAGGAGGAGAGCCUCAAACGCCGCAGCUUCCACAUCGAGAACAAGCUAAAGGAUUUACUCGCCGAGAAGGAAAAGUUUGAAGAGGAAAGGCUGAGGGAACAGCAGGAAAUCGAGCUGCAGAAGAAGAGACAAGAAGAAGAGAGCUUUCUCCGCUUCCAAGAAGAGCUCCAGCGACUCAAAGAACUCAACAACACUGAGAAGGCCGAGAAGUUUCAGAUAUUUCAAGAACUGGACCGACUCCAAAGGGAAAAAGAUGAACAGUGUGCCAAGCUCGAACUGGAAAAAAAGAGACUGGAGGAGCAGGAGAAGGAGCAGGUGAUGCUCGUGGCCCAUCUGGAAGAGCAGCUCCGAGAGAAACAGGAGAUGAUCCAGCUCCUGUGGUGCGGGGAGGUGCAGUGGGUGGAAGAGGAGAAGAAGGAUCUGGAAGGUAUUAGGGAAUCCCUCCUGCGGGUGAAGGAGGCACGUGCUGGAGGGGAUGAAGAUGGCGAGGAGUUAGAAAAGGCUCAACUGCGUUUCUCCGAAUUCAAGAGAAGGCAGCUUGUCAAGCUGAUGAACUUGGAGAGGGACCUGCUUCAGCAGAAAGACCUCCUGAAAAAAGAAAUCCGAGAAGAACAGGAGAUCCUAGACUGUUUAAAAUGUGAACAGGACAAAGAAUCUAGAUUGUUGGGAAAACAUGAUGAGAGUGUCACAGAUGUCACCCAAGUGGCCCAAGAUUUCGAGAAAAUGAAGCCAGUGGAGUGCAGGCUGCAAUAUAAGGAACGCCAGCUACAAUACCUCCUGCAGAAUCACUUGCCAACUCUGCUGGAAGAAAAGCAGAGAGCAUUUGAAAUUCUUGAUGGAGCCCCUCUCAGCUUGGACAAUACUCUUUAUCAAGUAGAAAAGGAAAUGGAAGAAAAAGAAGAACAGCUUGCACAGUACCAAGCCAAUGCAAGCCAGCUGCAAAAGCUCCAAGCCACCUUUGAAUUCACUGCCAACAUUGCGCGUCAGGAGGAAAAAGUGAGGAAAAAGGAAAAGGAGAUUCUGGAGUCGAGAGAGAAGCAGCAGAGAGAAGCACUGGAGCGGGCUGUGGCCAGGCUGGAGAGGAGACAUUCUGCCCUGCAGAGGCGCUCAACCCUGGGCAUGGAGAUUGAAGAGCAGAGGCAGAAACUUGCCACUCUGAACAGCGGCAGCAGAGAGCAGUCAGGGCUCCAGGCCAGCCUGGAGGCUGAGCAGGAAGCCCUGGAGAAGGACCAGGAAAGGUUAGAAUAUGAAAUCCAGCAGCUGAAGCAGAAGAUUUACGAGGUUGAUGGUGUUCAAAAAGGUCAUCAUGGGACCCCGGAAGGGAAGGUGGCUUCUUCCAUCUUGCCAUUCAGUGCUGAAAAAUCACAGCUGGUUCCCCUGAUGGAUGCCAGGAUCAAUGCUUACAUUGAAGAAGAAGUGCAAAGACGUCUUCAGGAUUUGCAUCUUGGAAUUAGUGAAGGCUGCAGUACAUCUGCAGACAUGAAGGAUAAUGAGAGACUUCACAAUGGCACCAUUCAACGCAAGCUAAAAUAUGAGAAAAGGCAGUUUUGCCCAGCAUGGUAUCUUGACCCGCUUCUGCCCAGAGAUGCCACUGACACUUCCAGCCUCAUGAGAGAGGAGAGGAGGGAGGUGGAUCAGAACGACCACUGGGAUCAUCCUGUGCUGUGGAGCAUCUCAGGCCCUAAAACAACUUCCUCAGCAUCACAAGAGAGAGCCCACCAGCACAGGGAUCAGUCCUCGGUACCCGAGGUAUUGCCGGACAGUGAAACCCAAUAUUGUCAUCCUGAGAACGCUGGCCAUUGUGAACCAAAAUGUUUUACUCUACCUGAAAUCCCUUUUUUUAAUGAAAGUAACACCAAUGAUGCAGAAGGUUUGCAGAAUAAGUCAGAAAAUUUCAGUGACCUGGUGACUCAGAAAGAUGAACACAGCUUGAGAGUCAAGUCCAGUUGGACUUUGCUGCAACAUACAUCCCAGGAAGUGUCUAUAAAUAGUGGAGGCAAGCAGGCCAGACAAGGCAAGGUGCUCUGCUUGGUUCUGUCUGAAGACAUUUCUCAUGAGGAGAGAGCAUCCUGCAGUGCGCCACAGAGUGUCCUGGCCUCUGAGUUUUACAGUGAGCAGCAAGGUGAGGAAGGGUUGGAUGCUAAAAAAAUGAGCUCAUCAGAGUCACUGAUAAAUAUCAGAACAGAAGGAGACAAUGGACUGGGAUAUUUUUACCACAAGCUCUCAGACCUUUAUAAAGAUACCAGCAGCCACCUCCUUCAGGCUGGCACAAAGGUGAUCGGCCAAUCCAGGCUCAUGGGAAGUCUGUGUGCCCCAAGGGGGCUCCCCUCCCAGGUAACAACAUUUGUCAGAAGCCUGCCAUUUCUGAAGCACUUGGCCCCACACAUGCCCUUCAAGAUUGAUGUGCAGUCGACAGAAUCUCAUCCUCCAGAAGCUCAGCUUGGCAGCAGUGAGAGCAAAGCCGUGGGGAGCCUGAGGCCAGCAGAGGGUGCGGCACCUUACCGGGCCUCUGUCUUUGCAGCUUCAGGUUUACCACAUUCUUUGUCAAGCUCAGUUUUUCGCCUUGAAUAUGAAGAUGCCAGAAAGUGCUCUGCAUUUAAGCAGAGCCUUGUGCAAUUCCCCGACCAAAUGCUGAAACUUCAAGAGUGCCCUUUAAAAGACCUUCUUAAGCAUGUGACUUGUUCUCUGCCAGAACCUUUGGGCAACCCGAGUGCAGUCAGAGGCAUUUACUGGCUCGCUGUUGCUAACUGCACAGCACCUGACCCCCAGCCAGCGUGUUUGCUCCUGCUUCAGUCAACUUUAUAUGCUGUGGUCCUGUCAGAUAAUGUCCUUGGCUCAAUGAGCAUUUUUCAUGCUCUACCUCUCUCUGGUCUACAGGAGAUUCAAAUUGGCUUUGGUGGACAGAGCAUUCGAUUCUUGAGCUCUGCAGAGGGUCUUUUGCUCACUGUGUUCAGUUACAACAAACACCUCUCUCAACAGCUCUGUCGUGACCUCCUGUGUGUCCUGAUGCCAGAACCUGAUGCCGCUGCCUGCGCUGAUCAUCCCUUGCUCCAGCAAGAUCUGGUUCAGCUUUCUCUUGAUUGUAAAGCAGAAAUCCCUGAAUUAAUUUUGCCAAAUGGAGUUCAGGUGUCAUCCAAAUUCCAGACGACCUUGGUUGACAUGAUUUACUUUCUUCAUGGAAAUAUGGAAGUCAACGUCCCCUCCCUGGCAGAAGUUCAGUUACUGCUCUAUACAACAGCGAGAGUCAUGCGUGACUCUGGCCAUGACCAGUGCCUGUCGCUUGUCCUUCUGAACACCCACAUUGCACUGCUGAGGGAGGACCAUGUUUUUUAUCCACGUACUCGGUCUCUAAACAUGUCUCCUCCAGGUACACAGUUUGAUGUGAUCAAGUGCCAUGCUUUAAGUAAAUUCAGAUGUGUGGUUGUUCCAGAAAAGAAAAAUAUAUCAACAGUAGAACUUGUCUUCUUACAAAAGCUCAGACUUCCAGUAGAUUCCAGAAACAGUGCAUCUGAGCACUUUCAGGCAGCCCCAAAUGUCCAGUCGUUCACCACCCCAUUGGAUCUUCAAGGCAGUCAGAAUGUCACACCUGAGGUCUGGAAACUUACUCUCAGUUCUCAAGAUGAGGCUCUUUGGCUAAUCUCACAUUUGACAAGAAUCUACGGAGGAGAGUUUUGAAGAUGCGUGCCGUGUAUUUUUGAGAUCAUUAAUAAAAUAAGCAUUGUGAAAACAAUCAAGGCAAUAUGAAUAUCUCUGUGUAGCUAAUUGAAUUGGAACUGGGAAAACGCAGACCUCUAAAAUUGAAAAUGUAAAUAUUUUUAACGACAAUAAAAUAAAAAUAGCUAAUAGCAGAGCCCUGUUAAAAUAUCUUUAUCACCACCUUGCUUCAUUUUCUCAAAACUCAGCUUGUAAAUUUGGGUCUGCCUCAUUGUUUGUGAGGUGAUUAAAGCAUUUCUGAUUG